GAAAAGGAGGGAAUUUCAGUCUGCUACAGUAAAACAUAAUAUAUAAGAAAGGUUAACAUUUACAGGACGUUUCUACGGCACUGACAUAAACGGUUAAAUAGUGAUGUCAACACGUAGAUCAAAAAGAAAUAGAACAGAAUGAGAGAGAGAAAGAAAAUCAACUAUGCAGCUUUUGGGGACGGCGAUGACGAUGACUUUGCCGACCCAACACCACCUGGAAAGAAGAAAUCAACUCUGGCUAACAAAGAGAAUAAGGAAAAGAGCAGGAAGUCGGAGAAGGCUGUAAGGCCUGACAAGAACACUCAGAGGCUGUCAUUGGAGGAGAAGCUUUUUAAACGAGACCUCCAGGCGGCGCUGAACCUGUCUGCCAAUGAAUCUCAAGCGUCCAGCGAUGGAAGCGAGGUUGUAAAUCCUGACGACAAGUCUCAUCAGGUCACAGUCACAGUUGAGAGUGCCCCGCCACCUUCUUGCAUCAAGACUUCGGUGACAGAAUCAGAUGGAAACACUGAACUAGUGGAACAACCAGACCCUGACUUCAAGCCAGGUUCAGACCAUCAGUUGCAGCAUGUCAGCGCGGCAAGGAAGUGGCCAGCCGAGGAGGAGGAAGUCAUACAAGUCCUUGAGUCAGACAUCUUGUCUGGCGAGCAGCCUUCCAAACGGAGGCGAGUCACAGCAAGUCCACCGAAGAAAUCAAAAUAUGUGGACAGUGACUCUGAAGGGAGUGAGUUCGAGGCGGACAGUGAUAGCGAUAGCGACCAGAGUUUUGAUGAAGGUGAUGACAGCGACUUUGAUGAUGGCAGCAAAUCCAAGUCUAAAGCCAGCAAGGUCCUGUCUACAACAAUGAAGCCUGCAGCGGUAACCAAGACAAAACCGGCUCCGGCUGCUGCAACCAAGACAAAUCCUAAUCCUGCUGCUGCAACCAAGACAAAACCUGCUCCGGCUACAAAAGGAACAGGCACAGCUCAAAGGCCUGCCACAAAGCCUCAACUUCAGUCAACCACUGGCAAGACAACAUCAGUUGUACGGAAAACAGUUUCCUUACCAAGCGUUGCUUCAGUCUCUCCACAGAGCAGAAUGAAAGGCAUCCCAGGACACAAGACAUCGUGGACACCACCAGCUUCUUCAAGUUCGUGCAAGUCAGCUGUUGGGAGCAGAACUAUGACAUCCCCCUCUGCUGGCAUCCGCCUUGGGCUGUCUCGGAACCAACGGGUCAAGUCCCUUCAUCCCUCUCUACAAGUACAACAGUGACAGAGGCAAGACGAGUACAACAGUGACGGGGACAAGACGAGUACAACAGUGUUGGGCUAGUCAAGUCCCUUCAUCCCUCUCUACAAGUACAACAGUGACAGAGGCAAGACAAGUACAACAGUGACGGGGGCAAGACGAGUACAACAGUGUCAGGGGCUAGUCAAGUCCCUUGAUCCCUCUACGAUUACAACAGUGACAGUGACAAAACGAGUACAAAAGUGACAAGGGCAAGACGAGUACAACAGUGACAGGGGGCAAGACGAGUACAACAGUGUCAGGGGCUAGUCAAGUCCCUUGAUCCCUC